ACAUCCGGGACUCGCAGACACGUUGUCCAAGAUGGCGGAAACAGCUAAAAAAGCUAAAAAGAAAAAGGGGAAGACUUUGGCCCUGACCGAGUUCUUGGCGAAAGAUGGCGAAAACGGAUCGUCGGCAGUUGCUCAUGCGGCAAUAUUCUCAGCUAGAUCGACGAGUUGGGCGGAUGAGAGUGAGAACUUGAGCACUGAAGUGGACACUGCAUGGCCUGAAGAGGCCUAUGGGGGAAUCUCUACAGACAACAAACUCCGUGCAGCAAUGGAUAGAGCGUCCCUUCCAACUGCACCAAGGGCAUCCAGAGGCCCUGACAUAGAUGUCUCCAAAGUUCCAGAUGGCCCCCCUUACACAGCAUUCCUUGGAAACCUCUCAUAUGAUGUGGACAGGGAUGACAUCUUUGACUUUUUUGCUGGCAAAAAGAUCACUGAAGUGAGGCUGCCUCAAGACAGCAAUGGCCGACUGAAAGGGUUUGGUUAUGCAGAGUUUGAGGAUAAGCAAUCACUUUUGGCUGCUCUGAGUCUAAACAAUGAGCAUCUGAAAAACAGAAGAAUACGAGUCGACGUUGCUGGACAACAACAACAGCAAGAACGUGAGCGCGGUGACCGGGAUCGUAAUAACGAACCUGAUCGAACGGACAGUGACUGGCGAAGCAAACCUGAUCCUCCCCCUACCCAAAAUGGUAACAACGACAGAUAUAAUGACGAUGGUGGAUCCCGAGAUCGAUGGGGUCCUCGAGGUGACGAUGGUGGACCUCGCGAUAGAUCGGGUUACCGAGGAUAUGACGAUGGACCUUCUUGGGAUAGAUCGGGAGGACGGGAACGAGGAUACGAUGACGGACCUCGGGGAUACCAAGAGCGCCGAGGAGACGAUCGGUACGGGGAUCGUGACAGAGGAAAGGGAUUUGGCAGCAACUGGGAUUCCGGAGACAGAGACAGACGAGACGACAGAGGUCAAGACCGUUACGACAGUGGCCGAGAUCGCCCUGACGAUCGACGUUAUGGGGAUCGUUACGGUGGCGAUAGAGAUCGGGGCGGCGGAUAUGGGCGAGACCGUUACGACGAUCGCCGGGGGGGUGAUCGCUACGGCGGUUAUGGCCGAGACCGCUACGAUGAUCGCCGAGGAGGUGAUCGAUACGAUGAUCGCCGAGGGGGUGAUCGAUACGAUGAUCGCCGAGGUGGCGACCGCUUCGACGAUCGUCGAGGUGGAGAUCGUUAUGGUGACCGAGAUCGAAGGCGUGAUUAUGAUGACCGCGAAAGAAGCUCAUGGCGUGACUCUGACCGUGGUCGUGAUUCAAGGAGCGACUUUGAUAGAGACGAAAGAGAGCCUGUCAGAGAGAGGCCAAGACUUCAGCUCCAGCCUCGCACUAAACCGGUGGAAGAAACUAAAGGCGAAACUGCAGCAGACAACUCUGUGUUUGGCGGCGCCAAACCUGUCGACACGGCCGCUAAAGAGCGAGAAAUCGAAGAGAAACUUGCUCGACAAAAACUUGAGGACGAAGCAAAAUUGAAGCAAGAAAAAGAGAGACAGAGAGAACGACGAGAGCGUGACGAAUGGCCACGAGGCUCCAGUGGUCGAGCGCGGCGUGACAGCAAUCGUUCGAGCGAUGGAGAAAGGGGAGGAAAAGAUCGACGAGACAACCCGGACUUUCGCAGCCGGCGUGACAGCGCGAGGUCUAGUGACGAGGGUACUCCAAGCAAGGACGCUGAGCCCACCUCUCGGGAAAACUCACAGGGAGGUGGAAAAGAGGUCAAGGCAGCAGUGAAGGAGGCACCUAAGGAUGCCCCACCUCCUGCUGUGAAUGUGUGGGCGCAGCGGAUGGAGCAGCAGAAAGCGGCGUCCACGGGAACGGUUGAGCCAAAGAGUCCCACAGGGGAGCAUAGAGUGGAGAUCAACGUGGACAGUAGCACCAUGACAGUGACGUCUCCCACCUCUCCCACGUCCUCAGACAGAAAGGGUUUCCCCAGCAAACCGCCUGGCCCUCGCAAGGAUUUUAGAGAAGGUGGGGGUCCGCCAAAGGGCAGGGGUAGAGGAACACGCCCUGAACGAGGAGAACGAAGCGAUAGAACUGACAGGGGCGACAGGGCAAGCGUGAAUGGUCCGGACGGAGGUGGUAGAGGAGUGAGGAAAGAGAAGAGAGAGCGGAGACCUGUUGAGCCCAAGAAAUACGAGGAAGCCCAGCAACCGGUCUUCCACAUGAAGAGCAAAUUCGCUGCUCUCUUAGAUGACGAGGAGCAAUCAGAACAAGACACACAAGAGCAGUUAGACGUUGAUGACGAGACGUGAUGACAUCCCUUUGUUUCCUUUUUUCUUUUGGUAUACUGCAAGUCAAACAAAUGAAUUACAUGCUCCCAAAUGAUAAACAGAGCGCAUACUAAUUGAUGGAAACCGCUGGAAUUUGUUAAGUUGUGACCGACUUUGGUUUGGUUACAAGCAAGGACAAAUUUGGUUGACCAGUGCAAGCCGCAUUUCACAAAUUUGAACUUUAAUAUAUUUUGGUGAGAUUCUAUGGAUGAGAAGGUUCGACUUCGCGUUUUCCUUGUGUUCGGCCUGAGUAGCUUUGAGAAUACUUCAGCUUACAAGGUGUCACUAAUUAGUUCGAAGAGCUUUGCCUUAACUAAGUUGUUUAUUUCCGUGAAAACUUUGUGUGCUUUUUUUCUUCUGAAGGCGAGGUGGAUUUACCCUUAUGUUACCUUCACAAACCUCCCUUCCCCGUCCUCUCUCAUAAUUCCGUUCAGUCUUCAUGGAUUGUGAAUAUUUUGCUAAUCAAAUGUUUUCUCUGCUUGUGGGAGAGGCGAGGGGGAGGAACGUAUGCUCCGCUUAUUACCCUCUUAAGAGCAGUGAUCAAAGACCUCUUCUCGUGCGAAACGUUUUUUUUUCGUUUUAUUGAAGUCCAUACCAGCCUAUUUGAACACUCUGAUUGCUUUCCUCAGUGAGAAGUUAAAUUUAUUGGCACAGAAUAGUAAUGUAUGCACUCUGUGUGGUGCAGUGAUUUUAAUAAAAGUGCAAGUCUUCUUCA